AUGAACGAAUCUAUGGGCACACACGCAAUAUCUAUCUAUCUAUCUAUCUAUCUAUCUAUCUAUCUAUCUAUCUAUAUAUCUAUCUAUCUAUCUCUCUCUCUCUCUAUAUAUAUAUAUAUAUACAUAUAUAUAUAUAUAUAUCACAGACAGAUAGACAUUUUUUUCCUUUCUCUCUUGUUCAAGAUUGUCCGAGCCAUCAGUUUCUCUUUUCUCUCUAGUUCAAAAUUGUCCGGUACGUCAGUUCAACCUUUUUCUAUAGUUCAAAAUUGUCCGUUCAAAAUUGUCCGACACGUCAGUUCAUCCUUUCUAGUUCAAAAUUGUUCGAAACGUCAGUUCCUUCUUUCUCUCCAAUUUCGAAUUGUCCGACACGUCUAUUCGUCCUUCUUCUCUAUGUCAAAAUUGUCCGACACAUCAGUUCCUCCUUUCUCUCUAGUUCAAAAUUGUCCGAAACUUCACUUCCUCCUUUUUUCUCUAGGUCAAAAAUUAUCCGAAACAACAAUUCCUCCUUUCUCUCCAGUUAGAAAUUGUCCGAAGCAUCACAUCCUUCUUUUUCUCUAG